UGCAGACACAAAAUCCUAUAAGAUGUUAGGUCUAUACCUAACUUCCUACAAUAUCAUUUUAAAGUUCGUGAGAUGGAUAUAUCUUUUGUGAUUUCUGACAGUGAGGAAGAUAUUUAUGAAGAUAAAGAAAAAGAGCAAGUUUUUGUAAUCGAAAGUAGCGGAAGUAGUGUAAAUAUAUCUCCAAAUGUAACACCUGAAAAGUCUAAAUUUCCUUUGUCUGAAAAAUUGUCAUUAACAGAAGAAACAAUCAGGCAGAGAAUUAGAAAGCAUAUGCCUUCUUAUUUUGACAAUGAAAACACCAAUGACCAUAAUGAAGAUGACUUUGUAUCAAUCAGUAGUAGCGAAGAAUGUAACACUGAUGACAAUAUUUCAAAUGAUGAUAUUAAACAAGUGACAAAACACAAUGGUAAAAUAAUCAAAAGAAAUAAAUGGCAGAAUAUUUCAAAGGAGAACAAGGAUGAUUUUCAAAUUGCUAGUCCUAGUACAUCUAAAAGUGGAUCGAAUAAUAGCAGCUCAAUUAAUGAACACACCUUUGAAGAAAGAAUAAAGCAUCAAAAAUCAAAUUCAUCAACUGAUACAAAUUCCCAUAGAGAUGAAGAAAGUGAUUGGGAGUCUGAAGUUGCAGUGUCUUUAGCAAAAGAAGAAAUUGGCGUUGGUAAUAUAGAUCCAUUAAUUGCACAGAAAAGAGCUCUUCUUGUUUGUAAAAUGGAACAAUUACAAAAUCAAUUAAGUAAAACAAAGUUAUUGUUCACUACUGGUAACAUCGAUUCGUUACCAGACAAAGGAGCAAAAUUGCGUGAGUGCAUCGCCAUGCAAGAAAUGCAAAUAGAAGAAAUUGCAGUCAAAUUGGAGAACACGCCUUUAACAGAAACACAAACUGAUAAAACUGAGGCAUAUUUUGAAAAGGAAGAAAUAUCUUCUAUGAAAGAAGGAUUUACUGUUGAGGAAGAAUCACAUGCCGACAAAUUUGACACUUGUUACGAUGUAGAUGGUAUAUCGAUCAAACCGAGAUCAUCUCGAGAAGCCAAGGAACUCGGAAAAAUGGCUCAAGCAACGUUCGACAAAGAAUUAGCUUUGACAGUUGAUAGAUUACAAGAUCUGCACGGAUCUCUCGUAGCUAGACCCGCCGAGGAUGAAAAAGCGGAAGAUCCAAAAGGCUUAAAAGUGAAGUUAAUGCCACAUCAGCAACACGCAUUGGCGUGGUUGAUCUGGAGGGAGCAACAAAGACCUCCCGGCGGUGUUCUUGCCGAUGAUAUGGGUUUGGGUAAAACUUUAACAAUGAUAUCUCUCAUUGUAGCAAGCAUCGCUAAAAUGAAAUUAAAAGAGAUGGAAGAUUGCAGUGACGAUGAAUGGAUGGAUAAUGAUAAACCGUUGCGACAUAAAGGAGGUACGCUUGUGGCUUGUCCAGCAUCUUUGUUGUCGCAAUGGGAAAAGGAAAUAAAUCAGAGAUGCAAAUGUGGUAUGCUUACCGUUGAAGUUUAUCAUGGUAUAAAUCGAGAACAUGUGCCAAAAAGAUUAGCGAGAAAGGAUGUAGUUAUUACGACGUAUAACAUUUUAUCCCGUGAAUUUAAGUCAAACUCUACACUAUAUAAGAUUCAUUGGGAACGCGUUAUACUGGACGAGGCGCAUAUAAUUCGAAAUCAUAAAAGUCAAGCUUGCCAAGCAGUAUGUGGUCUCUUAGCAAGAAAACGGUGGGCUCUUACUGGUACACCUAUUCAGAACAGCGAGUUGGAUUUAUAUUCUGUUUUAAAGUUUUUGAAGUGUUCACCUUUUGAUAACCUUCAAGUAUGGAAACGUUGGGUAGAUAACAAAAAUGCCGCUGGUUGUCAACGAUUGGCGACUGUGAUGAAAACGUUAAUGUUGCGUAGAACGAAGCAAGAGCUUCAAGUUAAUGGCAGAUUAGAAAGUUUGCCGGAAAAGUUUAUAGAGGAGAUAUUUGUAAAGCUUGAUUCGCAGGAACAGUUGGUAUAUGAAAAAGUAUUAGUCUAUUCUCGUACAUUGUUCGCGCAAUUUUUGGCGCAAAGGGCAGAGAAAGAUCACAUGGUUGAUCUAAAUAGUGGAAGAUACGAUAAACCAUCCUUUCUUUCGAACCCAAAUAAAAAUACUCAGUUUACGAAGGCACAAAAUAAAUUAUUGUCGUUACAUGCUGACGUGAAAGCCCACGAAAUUCUGGUUCUUUUACUGAGAUUACGUCAAAUUUGCGUUCAUCCAUCGCUCAUUCAUUCGAUGCUGGAUCAAAAUGUCAUGAAAGAGACUGAAAUAAUGGAGAUAGAAAAUGUAGACCUAGUAUCACAAAUAGGUAAUAUAACAUUGGAGGACUCUGAAAAUAACUUAGAAGAAAACAAUGAAGAAGAAAUCGGCGUUGAUCGCAGAGUAGCUACAAAUUUGCUCACGUCUAAGAAUUCUGUCUUCAAACCUGAUCGUAUAAGUUCCAAGUUGAAGAUGGUGUUCCACAAGGUAGAGGAAAUUUUACAACAAAAUGAUAAAAUGAUCAUUGUUUCUCAAUGGACAAGUACACUACAUAUUAUAGCGUCUUAUUUAUCUUUGAUCCACGGUGCUACUUUCAGUAUGUUCACAGGAAAUGUGCCCAUCAAGGAUAGACAGGGUGUAAUGGAUUCAUUUAAUACUCCAAAUAGCGAUCCAAAAAUAUUAUUACUCUCGCUUACCGCCGGGGGUGUUGGAUUAAACCUGGUAGGCGCAAAUCAUUUAUUGUUAAUAGACGUUCAUUGGAAUCCGCAAUUAGAAGUACAGGCUCAAGAUAGAAUCUAUAGGUUCGGACAAAGGAAAAACGUUUUUAUAUACAAGUUUAUUUGUAAGGAUACCAUAGAAGAGCGUAUAAAACAGUUACAAGAAAGGAAAUUGAACAUAGCUCAGAAUGUUCUCAGCGGUGAUAAGAACUCUACUGUCUCAAAAUUGACACUCAAUGAUCUUAAGUCUCUAUUUGCUCUUUAA